UAAAAGAACACAGCUUCCAAAGAACAGAAACCUCUGCUACUCAAAAAAGGGGAAAAAAUGUCAUCUUCUACCUCCUUCGCUGCCCUUCUCCUCCAUGGCCGCCUCCACUCCCCUUCACCUCCGUCAAAGGCGCAACCUUUCCUAGCACCCCCCAGCAAUCCAUCCCGACCCGCGGCCUCCGCCCCCGCUCGACCCUCCCCGGCACGACCGCCUCUCCUCGCCGCCGCAGCUUCCGGCGGGGAGCGGGACAACCGCGUGCAGGAGCUGAGGGUGCCCGAUUCCUGGCUGACGCCUGAGGGAGCGGCGCAGGAAUCGGUGUGGCUGAGGGAGACGCUGCACAAGUGGCUGGACGACGAGUACUGCCCGGAGCCGGCGAACGUGGACAUCAGCCGCACCGCCGCGCGGUCGUACCGCGAGUCCCUGGCGGCGGGGCGGUCGGACCUCGGGGAGAUCCUGCUCAAGAUGGCCGGCGACCUCGAGGCGCUGUCGUACCGGGAGAGCUUCCACGGCGCCUUCUCCGCCGCCAACGCCGCAGUGCGCCUCAUCACGCAGAGGAUGGAGGAGUCAUCCGGUGAUAGCGAUGGCCAUUGAGCUGUGCUGAUUGUUCAUGGGUGUCUGAGCUGGCUGCUGAUUAGUUCAGGCAUGAAUGCUGUGGUUCUGAAACUAGACAGUGUACUAUUCAGUGAACAAAUGGAGAUGGUUUUCCCAAAAAAAAAAUCAAAUGGAGAAAUGAAACAUUAUUAAGAUUACAUCGAAAAA